AAAGUGAAAAAAAAAAAUCACUUCCUAAAUGGUAAAACAGUUUAGGAAUCUCGUACAAGCUCUAUGGGGUCUUGCCUUCGGUUUAUUACAAAAAAAGAACACAACAGCUCCUUCCCUCCGAGGAAUCUUCUCUUCCUCACAAUCUCACCAACUUCUCUCCUUCCUGUUGUCUAUCAAUCAUUAGUUUUUAUUUCUUUCGAACCUUAUCUUAACCAACCCCCAACAAUGGCCACGGCUGCUCUUCUCCCCUGAGCACCACCUACCCUUGCCUUUCUCAAAGCACCUUCCCAAAUUCAGGACAGGAUGGCCUCCUGUGCCCCGUCCCUCCUCCUUGGCCUCCUGUCUUUCCUCAUUGUGGCGAACAUAGCAUCAUCAUCAUCCUCUUCCGGGGGAAUCCGCCUCAGUAUUAUCCGAAAACCAUUCGCUGCUGUCCCUGUCUUCAGGGAGGCUCCAGCUUUUCGAAAUGGGGAUUCCUGUGGGCUUCAGAGAAUCCACAUUGUCAUGACUCUUGAUGCCAAUUACCUUAGAGGCACCAUGGCUGCCGUUUUAUCCAUCCUCCAACAUUCUACUUGCCCUGAAAACAUGGAGUUCCAUUUUCUCUGGUCACGUUUCGAGCGUGAGGUCUUCUCCAGCAUCAAAUCCACCUUCCCUUACCUUAACUUCAAAUUUUACCGGUUUGAUUCCAACCGUGUUCGCGGCAAGAUAUCUAAAUCCAUUCGUCAGGCCCUAGACCAGCCUUUAAACUAUGCUAGAAUUUACCUUGCUGACAUUAUCCCAUCCGACGUUAAACGUGUGAUUUAUCUGGACUCUGAUCUUGUUGUUGUUGAUGAUAUUGCAAAAUUAUGGGAGGUUGAUUUAGAGGAAAAGGUUUUGGCUGCUCCAGAAUAUUGUCAUGCAAAUUUCACCAACUAUUUCUCUAACCUAUUUUGGCUUGAUCCUGUUUUGGCCAAGACUUUUCAUGGAAGAAGGCCUUGUUAUUUUAACACAGGAGUCAUGGUUGUGGAUGUGGAAAAGUGGAGGCAAGGAGGGAUUACACAAAAGGUUGAAGAGUGGAUGACAGUGCAAAAGCAAAAGAGAAUCUAUCAUUUAGGUUCAUUGCCGCCAUUUCUAUUGGUCUUGGCUGGGAACAUAAAAGGAGUUGACCAUCGAUGGAACCAGCAUGGAUUAGGGGGUGACAACAUGGAAGGAAAGUGUAGGAGUUUGCACCCAGGACCUAUUAGUUUGCUUCAUUGGAGUGGGAAAGGGAAACCUUGGCUGAGGCUUGACUCAAGGAAACCUUGCAUUGUGGAUCAUCUCUGGGCUCCAUACGAUCUUUAUCGCUCAUCGAUGCAUGCUCUUGAAGAAUGAGGAUGGAGUCAGUGAGAAAAGGAAGGGGUUGGUGGUUUAGGAGAGCAAGAGGAGAUACACUAAUGGCUAAGAAGUCAAUUUUUUUAAAGAACUCUUCAAAAACAAAUUUCUUCCCAUUCUUUCACAUCAUUUAAGGUCCACAAGGACCCUUUUUCUGUUCUUUUUUUUUCCUUUCAAAAUCUUAGAAAAAAAAGAGGAUUUUUCGCUGUUCUAUCCUAUCGAGAUCAUCUUAUGAAAAAACCCUAAUCAAAGUUCUGUUGUAAGAGGUGGAAAAGAGAAGCCAUAAGGGUUUGAAUUUUUUGGUUCUACUGCUGCUUUUCAGCAUGGACUUUUGAAGCUAUCUUCAUCAAUUUUGAUUCUAUUGCAUAGAGCUUGAGGGAAGAUCUUGAGUUCCUUGUGAAAUGGACAAUGACACAAUGAUGGGGGUUGUGGAAAAAAUUUAUUUUUCCCUCUAUACAACUUUCUAUGUACUACAUUAUUAUUUCUGAAUCCGGUUUAGUUUCAUUAAUUCUUUAGUUUUUUUUUUCAAUUUGUGGAACCCCGCCCUUCUGUUGUAGCAAGUUUAUGAUCUCCUCUGUGCUCCUAGUAAAUUGACAGAUAAACUGUGCCUGUCUUAAUCUUAGCUUUGGGGAAAUGUCAAAAUUUUGCUUGCACCUUUCA